UUUCUUCUCUCCUCUCCCUCUUCCUCCCCUCCUCCACCACCACCAAAACUCCACCCUUCGAUCACCUUGAGUGCCGGACCAAUAUAUCACCUUGAAGCCCUCACUACUCUCUUCGAAACCCACCCAAGCUCCGACCAUAACUCCAAUCAAUUUGGCUGAAAAUUGAAGCCAAAAUAGGCUACCCAAAACAUAUUUAAACAACAAAUUCAAUAAAAAAAAUUUCACUAACCCCAUCUCGCCUACAAAACCCCAAAUUAGAGAAAUCCAUGCACUAACCCCAUCUCGCCUACAGCCACCACCCCCUCAGAGAGAAAUUGCUUGGGAAACGAGUAGCCACAGAUCAUCAAAUCUGUCCAUGGCUAGUAGUACUGAAAGUGAAAAUUUCACCACCAUGAGUAGAGAAUUCAAUGCUCUAGUUCUCGCCGGAUCCCCAAUCGGAAAUAGCAAUAGCCGCUCGAAAAACGACGUUCCCAUGGUGGCUAAUAGUGGGAACAACUUGGGGAGGAUCCGGGAAGAAGUGCCGGAGGAAACCAAUCCUUUAGCUAUCGGGCCUGAUAAUAAUCCUCUCGAUAUUCUCGUCCCCGUGCAAUCACCACAAGGUAGCCUAUUUUGGCUUCAAUUUUUGGUCAAAUCGAUUGGAGUUAUGGUCGGAGCUUGGGUGGGUUUCAAAGAGGGAAGUGUGGGCUUCAAAGUGGUAUGUUGGUCCGACGCCCAAGGUUGCUGGAGGGUGGAUUUUUGGUGGUGAGAAGGAGGGGAGGAAGAGGGAGAGAAGAGAAGAAAGAGAUGAUCUUUUA